ACGGGAAGAGAAGAGGCAGUGGAGGUGAUACUGGAAUGAAUGGUCAAGAGAUUAGUGGUGCGGCUUCAACGAGCGUCUUCCACCAGAGAUAAGUGGGUAGCUGGCUAUGAGGGUGGGAGUGGGUGCAGUAUACCAAGAGAAGCUGGAGGAGGAGCAGAUGAAGGACAGAAGGGAGAAGCCAGUGAGCAAGAAGCAGUAGAGGUAGCAUCAGCACAGAGGCUUAAGGGUUGAACUUCAGCUUGACACCUUCACAGCAAGGUAAGAGGGUAGCUGGUUCGCACAGUGAUGGACACAGGUUAAUUGACGGUCACACGCUGAGAGGUGGGAGUAGAGUAACAGCAAGUCGAAGCCGAGAGGGGUAGAGUAACAGAGAUGGGACACACUGGUUAAUUGACUCACACGCUGAGUAACAUAUCACCCUGAGUAUUGGAGGGUAGAGUGUGAGGAGUAUGGUAGCAGGGUGGGGCUGGGAGAGCACUGAACAGCAGAAUGAGGGCAGUUAAAGAGUAAAAUGGAGGUUAGAAGAGGUGUGGUGUCAGAGUCUAAGGGGAAAAGGUUCGGAAGACGAGGCUACGUAGGAAGAGAGGACAGAAGUAGAUGUUACUAUCACCCUCCAGAGGUAUUGCCCUGUAUAUACUAAUGCCCUCUCCCUUCACAGCCAGACGCUUUUAUGAGAUGGUUAACCAGCCUAGCGCCCUCUACAUAAGACUAUACCCCCUCUGCCUCCUUCCGUACUAGAUUCGGACGCUUUUACCAGUCCCUUAUAAUCUUCCUAAAUCCUCCCCAAUCCCAUCCUAAUUUUCCCUUGUGACCCAGGUAUUAUCAGUCCCACCCUAUCCUAUCCUUCCGUGUCCUGUGUUUUUCUGUCCUGUCCUGUAUUUAUCCCCUCCAAUCCCAAUGUAUCCCAUCCUAUAUCUCCCCCUAUCCUAUAUAAUCUCAACCUAUCCUGUACAAUGUUACCUAUCCUGUACAAUGUCACCUAUCCUGUAUAACGUCACCCCAUCCUGUAUGAUCCCACAUCCUGAAGAAUCCCACCCUAUCCUGAAGAAUCUCACCCUAUCCUGUAUGAUCCCACCCUAUCCUGUAUGAUCUCACCCUAUCCUACAUAAUUCCACCCUAGCCCGUAUCACAAGACCCUCUGGACGAUGAUGAUCCACCUGCUCUUGGGUCGUGACCCAUUUGCGCAAUCCACCCCCUUAAUCAGUGGGUAAUUGCGGGGAACACCCUCUUAUGAGGGCAAAUACCCCAAGGCACAUGGGUGCACUGCAAGCCACUCUGUUGAGAGCCCUUACGUGGAAGGAGCCUUGCCUCCUGUCUUCAUGGGCUGAUGUGGCACCCCAAGGCAGCCUCCUGAGUCCUACUAAGUCCCACAAAUUAAGUUGGAGAAUUUCUUUGACAAACCUGAUUCUACUGCCAUGUGCCCAUGUACACACAUCCCUGCUCCUCCCGAUUCUCUUUAACAGUCCCGAAUGCUUAGCCUGCUGCAACCCCCUGUGAUUGCUGUAUCCUAUCUGUUCCCUUGGAGCUUAUCGUUUACCUUCUGUAAGAUGUUUAUCUCUGGUUAAAUGUGCUGGCUAUAUUAGUGCAUGCAUGCUUUCUCUAGAGCUUAGAGGAUGAUCAAUUCUUGUAGAUAAGUGUUGGGUGCUGCUGCUGCCUGGAGUGCUGGGUUCUGCUGCUGCUGGUGCUGGUGGUGGGUGCUGCUGCUGCUGGGAGUGGUGGGUGCUGCUGCUGCUGGGAGUGGUGGGUGCUUUGCUGCUGGGAGUGGGGGUGCUUCUGCUGCUGGGAGUGGGGGUGCUUCUGCUGCAGGGAGUGGGGGUGCUUCUGCUGCUGGGAGUGGUGGGUGCUUCUGCUGCUGCUUGGAGUGGUUGGUGCUGUUACUGCUGCUUGGAGUGGGUGGUGCUGCUGCUGUUGCUGCUGAGAGCAGUUGGUGCUGCUGCUGCUUGGAGUGGUUGGUGGUGGUGGUGGUGGUGCUGCUGCUGUUGCUGCUGAGAGCGGUUGGUGCUGCUGCUUUUGGGAGUGGUGGGUGCUGUUGCUGCUGAGAGCGGUCGGUGCUGCUGCUUUUGGGAGUGGGAGGUGCUGCUGCUGCUGGGAGUGGACGGUGUGCUGGAGUGUGGGGGUAUGUGCUGUGGCUGGGAAUGGGGUGUGGAUGAUGCUGCUGCUUGGAGUGGUGGGAGUGGAUGUUGCUGCUUUUACUGCCAGGGGGGUGGGUUCUGUUGCUAUUGCUGCUAGGGGUGGUGGUGGGUGCUGCUGCACUACCGCUAGGGGGGUGGGGUGUCUGUUGGCUGCUGGGAGUGGGGGUCGUCGGCUGCUGGGAGUGGGGAUCGUCGGCUGCUGGGAGUGGGGAUCGUCGGCUGCUGGGAGUGGGGAUCGUCGGCUGCUGGGAGUGGGGAUCGUCGGCUGCUGGGAGUGGGGAUCGUCGGCUGCUGGGAGUGGGGAUCGUCGGCUGCUGGGAGUGGGGUUCGGCGGCUGCUGGGAGUGGGGUUCGGCGGCUGCUGGGAGUGGGGUUCGGCGGCUGCUGGGAGUGGGGGUUGGCGGCUGCUGGGAGCGCGGGUCGUCAGCUGCUGGGAAUGCGGGUCGUCAACUGCUGGGAAUGCGGGUCGUCAGCUGCUGGGAAUGGGGGUUGUUGGCUGCUGGGAGUGGGGGUUGUUGGCUGUUGGGAGUGGGGGUUGUUGGCUGCUGGGAGUGCGGGGGUGUCUACUGCUGGGAGUGGGUUGUCUUCUACUGCUGGGAGUGGAGGGCGUCGAGUUGCACUGCUGGGAGUGAGACACCUUGAAUGAGGUGGUAGAUGUGCUGGUUGCAAGAAAGAGAGUUGUGUGGUGUGUGAAUGUGUGUCUGCACCAGGAAGGGGUGGUGUGUGAAUGUGUCUGCAUGAGUGAGUAUCUUUGCAUGAAGUGUUUGUGUGUGUGUGUGCAUGUGCAUGUGUGUGCAUGUGACAUGUGGUAUGGAGCAUGGAGGGCAUGCAUGGAGUGCCAGGUUCCCAGCAUCCCCUCAUGUCUGCCUCUGCCCUUCACGUCUGCCUCUGCCCUUCACGUCUGCCUCUGCCCUUCACGUCUGCCUCUGCCCUUCACGUCUGCCUCUGCCCUUCACGUCUGCCUCUGCCCUUCACGUCUGCCUCUGCCCUUCACGUCUGCCUCUGCCCUUCACGUCUGCCUCUGCCCUUCACGUCUGCCUCUGCCCUUCACGUCUGCCUCUGCCCUUCACGUCUGCCUCUGCCCUUCACGUCUGCCUCUGCCCUUCACGUCUGCCUCUGCCCUUCACGUCUGCCUCUGCCCUUCACGUCUGCCUCUGCCCUUCACGUCUGCCUCUGCCCUUCACGUCUGCCUCUGCCCUUCACGUCUGCCUCUGCCCUUCACGUCUGCCUCUGCCCUUCACGUCUGCCUCUGCCCUUCACGUCUGCCUCUGCCCUUCACGUCUGCCUCUGCCCUUCACGUCUGCCUCUGCCCUUCACUUACGCCUUAGCAUCGGCACCAGCCCUUGAGCAUACACCUUUGGGCGUAUUCUGCUGCUGUUGUGUACUUGAUUCAAGACAUAUCACUUUUGAUUGCUGUAAUUUUUUGCAGUAAAUACAUAUCACCUCCUGGGGAGUAAUGGUAUACAAUGUGCAUCUGGUCUAUUGCUGGUACAUAAACAAACAGCUGUCUGAGCUGCGGAGUGGAACCCUGGUGAUUGAUACUGUAUUUUCUGAAAUAGCUCGCUUCAUGAAGGUGGAAU